CUCCCUUAAACCCUUUUCAACUCUUCUCCUUGUUUCACUUUCCUCGGUCCAAAAAAAAAAAAGCUCUUUUUCUCUCUCCUAAAUCACAACAAUGGCGAUACUCUCAGAUUACGAGGAAGAAGAACACCAACCACAACCAGAAAAGAAGCAACCUUCAAAGAAAUUUUCAGCAACUUUCGAUCCUUCGAAUCCGCUAGGGUUUCUUCAAUCUACUCUCGAAUUCGUCUCAAAAGAGUCCGAUUUUUUCGCUAAGGAAUCAUCUGCGAAAGAUGUUGUUUCUCUGGUUCAGAAAGUGAAGGAGAAGUACAUUGAAGAAGUCGAGAAUAAGAAGAAGAAGCUUCUAGAUGAAUCUGCCGCCGCCGCCGCCGCCGCUGCUGCUGCUGCGUCGUCGUCUUCAUCUGAUUUGGAGAAGAAGGUUGAUGAUAAUGAGAGUGCGGAAGAGACAGAGAAAUCUAAGUACAAAGCUCCAAACAGUGGGAAUGGUCAAGAUCUCGAGAACUACUCAUGGAUACAGUCCUUGCAAGAAGUUACUGUUAAUGUUCCUGUUCCACCUGGAACAAAGUCUAGGUUUAUCGAUUGUCAGAUAAAGAAGAAUCAUCUGAAAGUUGGCCUCAAGGGUCAGCCUCCCAUCAUCGAUGGUGAAUUGUUCAAGCCUGUUAAGCCAGAUGAUUGUUUUUGGAGUUUGGAGGAUCAAAAGUCAAUCUCUAUGCUGCUAACAAAGCAUGAUCAAAUGGAGUGGUGGAGAAGUCUGGUCAAAGGUGAACCUGAAAUCGACACUCAGAAGGUUGAACCUGAGAGCAGUAAGCUGUCUGACUUGGACCCUGAAACAAGGUCAACUGUUGAGAAGAUGAUGUUUGACCAAAGGCAAAAAUCCAUGGGCUUGCCCACAAGUGAUGAUAUGCAGAAGCAAGACAUGCUGAAGAAGUUCAUGUCCGAGCAUCCGGAAAUGGACUUUUCUAACGCGAAGUUUAACUAGAUAUCGAUGUCGGUAUGGACUAUGAUUUUUUGGGUGGCAAAUUCUCGAAACAGGAACUGAAGAAAGCUUUUGUUAUGUCUAAUACUGAGCUUGUUCAUAGUAGUUACAGUCUCUAGGGUAGAUGUCUCAUGAAGAGGGGAACAUUGCUUUUUGUUUAACUCUUAUUUAUAUGCAAGUGAUAUUCGGUUUGCUAAGCAGUACAUUCGUGCAUCCUGCGCUUGAUUCGGGUCCUGUUCAAUCAUAUAUGUAAUGUUAUAGCUGCAAGUAUGACUCUUUUUUUAUGAUUUCGUUCUUUUAA